UCUGAUUUAAGGGAGCACUCUGAUGGGGACUCUGAUGUAAGGGGGCACUCUGAUGGGGACCCUGAUGUAAGGGGGCACUCUGAUAGGGACCCUGAUAUAAGGGGGCACUCUGAUGGGGACCCUGAUGUAAGGGGGCACUCUGAUGGGGACCCUGAUAUAAGAAGGAAAUCUGAUGGGGACCCUGCUGUAAGGGGGCACUCUGAUGGGGACCUUGAUAUAACAAGGAAUUCUGAUGAGGACCCUGAUGUAAGGGGCACUCUGAUGGGGGCCCUGAUGUAAGGGGGAACCCUGAUGGGGACCUGGUGUAAAGCAGCACUCUGAUAGGAACUCCUGAUAUAAGGGGGCACAAGAGGACACUGAUGUAAGGGGGAACCCAAAUGGGAACUUUG